UAUAUAUCACGGGUGAGCGAGAACAGUUUAUAUUCAAACAAGUGCUCUACUUCGACACUUGUGUCAGAAAUUUCAAGGCUUGUUUUCUUCCCGCAAAGGAAUCGUCAUUGUAUUACUGACGGGGUAAGCUGAGAAAGAUUUCAACUAUUAACUCUUCCCUUUCGAAAGAAAUUCGAAGUUUUCAUUACAACCAGACAGGUUAACACUUCAGCUUAAUUUACGAUUGCUUCAAAUGAUUAUCUUUAAGAACUCGCUUUUCUAUCUUUCAGAUAAACGUCACGAAGAAAAGUCAUCGUUUAAGAGUUGAUUCAGAAAGGUAAUUGACGCAGUCUGCGAGCCCUUCUUUUUUUAUUACAAUUGUGCAUUAUAACUGACUGCUAGAAGUUUUUGUUCCUUCCGCUCUUCUCGUAAACCACGAGUGUUCAACGUGGACCAAACAAACCAAACCUAACCAUAAACAAAUAACAUUUUAAUAGCUACAGUAGCAGAGGCGUGUGGCCGACCAAGAUUAUACAUGUUGAAAGCGAAGUCAGUUUUAUUUACUGUUGUAAACAAAGUUUCCUUCAUUGUUCCGAAUGUACACGACUAUGUCAGAGUAGGCAGAUUAUUUUGGUUAUGGAGUUUCCUCAUGGAUUAAAACGAAAGAUAUAUUCUUUAAAUUCUAAUUGUGCAUUUUAAGUGAUUGUAGAAAGUACAGCAAUAUCACGCGAAAUCACGAACGUUCUAUUAGUAGAAACGCUAGUAGCAAUACAAGUUAAAUAUAACAUGAAUUUGAUUGAGCCUCAAAAGUGAUUGACGUCUUCAUUUUUUUCCUCAUCAGAUGGUAGUCAAAAGACUUGUCAACUUCAAUUAUUUCUGUUUGGUUACCCUCUUGAUUUUGACGGAUCUGUCGUUGCUGUUUUCAUCUCCAGUUCCGUUUAUGGAACUCCUUAACGGCAAAACAAGCGCACUUCCUAGAGAAGAUAAAGGAGAACUUCCCUCUAGAGAUCCAAUUAGCUUGCUAGGGAACCAAGUCCUCCCGCGACGAAAAGUCGACGAGACCCCGACGCUUGAUACAACGAAAAGCUUUUCAGCUGUUCAGAAUAACUUAUUCAACUUAAAGUCCACGAAACUGCAAAGGAACACCAACCUAUCAACAGCAAGAAGACGUCAACAGUUGGAGCUCAUGCAGUUGAGAGUUUCGCGUCCAUCUUCCCCAAGCGACCUCAAUUUAAAAUCUGCAACCAAACAGCAAGCAAGAGGUGGUCUUCCUUUGCAGAGUUCAUCGUCUAGUACGCAGAAGGAGCCAUGGGAACGUCUCCCAAUUAGGCCCAAGAAAGAAACGGUGGGGAAGAACGGAAAUAAUCCGGAAAUAAGCGUCCAAUUUAGCGGGAGCGGGGCCACAGAAGACUCAGUUGGAAAAAGGCCAGCGACCAGAAGGCCGGUGAUAUCAAACAGCAACAAAAUGCUUAUAUCCAGUGGAGUUCCCCAAGUAAAAUUAGGCAAGUUGAAUAUAAAAAGCGAUUGGUGCGUGAUACAUCCCUUCAAAGACAGAGUGCAUCAUCGCGGCUGCCAGAGUGCAGAAAUCAACAACAGCAUGUGCUAUGGACAAUGCUAUUCGUUUUUCAUCCCAAAGAAAUUUGUUUCCUGUUCAUAUUGCGCGCCCUCCUCACAGGAGACAAUCAAAGUGCGACUGGAAUGCCCCGGACAAAAUCCCUCCUUUGUGAUAAAGAAGGUUAAAAUUGUGAAGGAAUGUGCUUGCAAAGACUGUGGAUUGUUAAAGCAGUAG